UUUGUUACCUGUCCCUCCGCGCACUUACAAUUUCAUUUUUUCCAAAAGAAUGUCAUUGCACCUUAGGACGGAAGACAUCCCUAAUGAACCAAAGAACAAGCGCCCAAGGUAUAGUCAUCAGCAAUUCUUUGAGGACCUCUGCUCUGAUGUGGUCCGAGAGAUUGAGGUGGGAAAACCCGGCAUGACGUCUCCUCAGGAGAAAGUAAGAGUGGAAGUUUUAGUGGAUCCCAGUAUCCUGCCAAACGCAUCAUCACUAACAAUGUCGCUAAGUGGUGAUUCACUUGAGCCUGCCGAAUAUUCAGAAACGACACCUCUGUGGAAGUCAACAAUAAGACACUGCGGGAUGGAAAUGUGGCGACAGGCCAUCGGUUUCUGCGCUGCUGACCAUGCUGUCAGCGCAUCGGAAAUGGAUCACGGAAUCGGCCAUUACGAAAAAGCCUUUGGCUCAAGGCUUCUGAAUCAGAACAAUGAAGAGACUGCGCCGUAUUCGGAACAACCAGGCUUCUCCCGACCUCAAAAUCGCGUUAAUCCACAGUUUUCUGAAGACGCACCUAACGUGACAGAAUUCGAGGCAUGUGUGACCAGAGCAGACCUUGUCAAUUCGGGUGAGGCGAGCCAUUUCGUCGGACAGCUUCAUACCACCCUAAGACCCUGCACUCUGGACAAAGAUUUCACGUCAUAUUCCAUGGGACAUUUCCAUGCCGAACGAGGUGCUCGUUUUGAUCCGAAUCUGCCGCUCAUUUCACCAUCAAUUAUCACAACACCAUCUGCCUUCGAGCAUGGUGAAGACAAUGAGGGUGGCCGCGACCCAGCUUACUUGUUAUCCGUCAACCAGAGUAAUGCGGUUUGUCCGCCUUGUCAAACGGGUGUAUUCACACAAACAGUUGGCUCAACUGCUGGUCCGGCGGUGAUGCAUCUCCCAUCCACAACGGACCACGAGGGCAAAACCACCAGCCACACAAUGCAGACCAGAACUCGGUCGUCCGUGGAUGAAUGCUUCAAAGUGACUCAAGCAAUGCAGUCCAUGUCGCCCAGUGUCUCCCGCGGUGAUCUAUCAUUCUCCUGGUCCCAGCCUUCGUUUGAAAAAUUCCCUCACCUCCCGUACUUCGUGGCCGGUCCGCAGCACGACGGCUUGCUUCAACCAACAGCGCACUCAGACCACUCACCAGCUUCAGGCGGUCAACCCACCUGGUUCAAUUGUUUCUACUCCGAUCAACCGCUGAUGUCGUCACAGCCGCCACCACCACCUCCACCAUCAACUCCGCGAAUUGUCAACGUUGUAGACCGGGGAGAUUCACGCUCAACCGGAACAUUAUCCAGCAAGGAUGCGGGUCGAAUGGAAGAUAAGGGUUUGCGAGUGUUCGUUUGGGAUUUGGAUGAAACCCUAAUAAUAUUUCACACCCUGCUAACCGGUUACUAUGCCCAUCGUUAUGGCAAGGAUCCGACUUUGGCAGGUGCCUACGGACUACGGAUGGAAGAAAUGAUUUACAACCUGGCGGACACGCAUUUUUUCUUUAACGAACUGGAGGAAUGUGAUCAAGUUCACAUCGAGGACGUGCGGGGAGAUGAUGGCGACCAGGACACAUGCACCUAUUGUGUCGCAGCAGAUGAGUUCCCCAAUACGAAUGGGGAAACGGCCGGCAAGUUGCAAAAUCCUGCCGCUAUCAGACGGACAUCAUCCAAUAUUUCUAGUGAACUUCUGAAUUCACAUGGGACAGGUGAGGAAACAGGAUUUGGUGGCGUAGUGCGAAGCACGAUCCCAAUGACGCCAGAUGGUAGACAUCAUGUUUUAUCAGUACCGGAUCUGUUGGAUAACUUCGGCACACCGGUCUCCGUGGCAAACAGUGCCGCAAGUUUGAGAGGAGGAAUGGAAUGGAUGAAGAAGUUGGCUUUUCGGUACCGUCGGAUAAAAGAGAUAUACAGUGUUUACAGGCACAAUGUGCCGGCGCUACUCGGCAGUGCCAAGGCCCAUCAAUGGAUGACGCUGAGGAAUAACGUGGACGUUCUGACAGACUAUUGGCUCACACUGGCAUGCAGAGCAACAGAGCAAAUCGCAUCUCGUUGGGAAAGCGUCAACGUACUGGUGACUACGACUCAGCUGGUCCCGGCGCUUUCAAAAUUGCUGAUCUACGGACUCGGAAGUUCAUUCCCAAUUGAAAAUGUCUACUCAGCGACGAAAAUCGGAAAAGAGAGCUGUUUCGAAAGGAUUGCCACAAAAUUCGGUCGCAAAUCGGUCUAUGUCGUAAUUGGCGACGGGAAAGAGGAACAGGAUGCUGCGAAACAGCUCCAUUGGCCAUUCUGGCGAAUCGGCUGCCAUUCAGAUAUCAUCGCAUUAAGCCACGCUCUGGGAAUGGGAUACUUGUGA